CGCCCGCCGCGCACGGGGCUUUUCCGCGCCAAACUCCAAAGGGCCGGGGAGAGGCGCGGGGCGGCGGCGGUGGGGGCGCAGCGCGGCACCGGCCUCCAGCACCGCACCGCCGGUGAGUCUCCGCCGCCGGCCCCCGAGCCCGGGACGCGGGUGAGGGCAGGAGCGGCGCCAUGUGGAUCCAGGUGCGCACCAUGGACGGCAGGGAGACCCACCGCGUGGACUCGCUCUCCAAGCUCACCAAGGUGGAGGGGCUGAGGCAGCGCAUUCACCAGGUCUUCGGCGUCGAGCCCCACCGCCAGCGCCUCUUCUACCGGGGCAAGCAGAUGGAAGAUGGUCACUCCCUUUUUGAUUACAGUGUUGGACUGAAUGACAUUGUUCAGCUCUUGGUUAGACAAAGCCCAGCAGUGCUUCCUGCUGUUAGUAAGGAGAAGGACUCCGAGCUCUCCGACACAGACUCUGGCUGCGGCUCAGGCCAAAGCGAAUCUGACAAAAGCUCUCACAAUGGAGAAGGUGCCAUGGAACUGGAGGGACAGCCCAGCACGGCUGCGCAGCCCGACUGGACUGACCCAGGCUUCGGCCUCUAUAAGAUCAAUGACUUGGUUGAUGCUCGUGAUAUGAAUAUGGGAGCAUGGUUUGAAGCCCAGGUGGUAAAUGUAACCAGAAAAAAAGCUGCAAAUGACAGUUGUGCAGAUCCUGAUCAGCAGACGACCAUUCCUGAAGAAGAUGUAAUAUAUCAUGUGAAAUAUGAGGAUUAUCCAGAAAAUGGAGUUGUAGAACUAAGUUCGAAUGAUGUGCGGGCUCGUGCACGGACUAUUUUGAAAUGGCACCAGCUGGAAGUAGGACAGGUGGUGAUGGUCAACUAUAAUCCCGAUGAACCGAAAGAGAGAGGUUUCUGGUAUGAUGCUGAGAUUCUGCAAAAAAGGGAAACAAAAAUGAUUAAGGAGAUAAAUGCGAAGAUACUACUUGGGGAUGCUGGUGAUUCUUUGAAUGACUGCACAAUUACGUUUGUGGAUGAGAUUUAUAAAAUUGAAGAACCAGGCAGCGCUUGUCCUAUUAGCGCCAGUCCAUUAAAACGACAAAAUGGCCCCGUGUGUAAAGCUUGUAAGGACAACCCGAACAAAACCUGCAGGAUCUGUGCUUGCUAUAUCUGUGGGGGCAAACAAGAUCCAGAUAAACAGCUAAUGUGUGACGAGUGUGAUAUGGCUUUCCACAUCUACUGCCUCAACCCUCCCCUUAGCAGUAUACCAGACGACGAGGACUGGUAUUGCCCUGAAUGUCGAAAUGAUGCAAGUGAGGUGGUUUUAGCAGGAGAGAAAUUAAAAGAAAGUAAGAAGAAACAAAAGAUGGCAUCUGCUAAUUCAUCCUCGCGGAGAGACUGGGGCAAGGGUAUGGCAUGUGUUGGCCGCACAAAGGAAUGUACCAUUGUCCCCUCCAACCACUAUGGACCAAUUCCUGGGAUUCCGGUUGGCACCAUGUGGAAGUUUAGAGUUCAGGUGAGCGAAUCUGGUGUUCACAGGCCCCACGUAGCAGGUAUACACGGCAGAAGUAAUGAUGGUGCUUAUUCCUUGGUUCUGGCAGGAGGCUAUGAAGAUGAUAUAGAUCAUGGAAAUUCCUUCACAUAUACAGGGAGCGGAGGUCGUGAUCUUUCUGGAAACAAACGUACAGCGGAACAGUCUUGUGAUCAAAAACUCACCAACAUGAACAGAGCUCUGGCUCUGAACUGUAGUGCCCCCAUCAAUGACAAAAAUGGAGCUGAAGCUAAGGACUGGAGAGCUGGGAAGCCAGUCCGGGUGGUGAGGAAUGUGAAAGGAGGCAAACACAGCAAAUACGCUCCUGUAGAAGGGAACAGAUACGAUGGGAUAUAUAAGGUUGUGAAAUACUGGCCCGAAACAGGGAAAUCUGGAUUUUUGGUGUGGCGUUACUUACUUAGGAGGGAUGAUGACGAACCUGCUCCUUGGACCAAAGAAGGAAAGGACAGGAUGAAAAAGCUUGGCCUAACAAUGCAGUAUCCUGAGGGGUAUUUGGAAGCUGUCGCAAACAAAGAUAAAGAAAAAGAAAAUAACAGAGAUGAUGAGUUUGAUACCCCAGGGAAAGGAAAGAGGAAAAGGAAAUCAGCAGGUGGAGGGGAGGAAAAAGUAAUUAACUCUCCUACAGGGACUCCAAAGAAAACUAAAGUAGAGCCAUACAAGCUGACAUCUCAGCAAAAAUCUCUUAUAAAAAGUGAUGAAGCCAAUGAAAAACUGUGGAAUGAAGUACUAGAUGCUCUCAAAGAUGGACCGAAAUUUCUAAAUAAAGUUGAAGAGGCUUUCUUGUGUAUUUGCUGUCAGGAGGUUGUGUUUCGGCCGGUCACAACUGUAUGCCAACAUAACGUGUGCAAGGAUUGUUUGGAUAGGUCCUUCAAAGCUGAUGUGUACAGUUGUCCAGCCUGCCGCUACGAUCUUGGCAAAAACUAUACCAUGCAAGUGAAUGAAACACUGCAGACCAUUCUAACUCAGCUCUUUCCUGGAUAUGGCAAUGGACGGUGAUUCUGUAAAGCACUUCUAAUUUCCUUGUGUUCAAACUUAUUAAUGGGUUUUCAAUGGGCUUAAUUUAAAAAAAAAAAAAAGUAGUCUGUGUUCUCCCAGAUCCCUAAAAAAGAAAAAGUUUAAAGUCUUCCUUGUUUUUAAAAAAACUAUGAACUUCAAGGAAUAUCCUUCUGUAUGUUUGUGGAUUUUGUUUUUGUUCUAAAUGUUGAAUUUUGCUUUUUUUUUUUUCCCUUCAAAACUGCCAUUCAUCAGCACAGAUCUUUUUUUUUUUUUUUUUCCUAUACAAAGUGCUUCCGGUAAGGCUGCUAAUGAUUGUGAAAGUUCUCGGAUUGCCCUCUGUUGUCCCAUUCCCACCUCCUCCCCCUGUUUUUUUAAUUCAAGAAAAAUGGCUUGGUUGCUAGAACAAUCUUCAGCAUUUGGGGAUUUGGCCAUAAAGUUAGACUUUUGCAUCACCUUGGCAGCAUUUUGAUGCUCACCUUUGUACAAGAUGGUUCCUGGCUUAUGACUUUUUUAAUUGCAAGUGGAUAUUUACUAUUUUUUAAAUAACUGGUUUUUAUACAUUUGACAGACCUAUCAAAAGCCAUUUCCUGCUAAUUUUGUAUAUCAAAAAAAAAAAAAAGCUGCUUGCUUAUAGUCAAGUAGUUGGAGCAAUAUGAAGUACUACCUCAGUUGGACUUCUUAUUAGGGAACUAUUUGUUCAGCCAGGUGCUGUCUUCUAUCCAGAAAUGCCAUUGUGGAAUAUACUAAAGCCAUUCUUAAGUGCCUUUUGUCCUUUUUGGAAAGACUGGGCUCUGAAUCACCGUAUAUAUUUUUUCAUAAGCACUGAAUUGUUUAAACUUGCCAACCGGAUUUUGUUCUUAGGGUUAAAUAUAACACUGUAGCUGUAUACGAUUAGCAUGGAUUUGCAAACUUUCAGGUUUCCUCCUAAUGCUAGGUGUAUUAUGGUAACAUGAAUUUCUUUGUUUCAGUGUAUUUCUACCUAGAAAUGGAGAAUAAUCAGUUUUGACUUUUCUUUUUUUAUAAAACAUUUUGGUUAUUGUAAAUGACACCAAGAAGGCUUGCUUUUGUGAAUGGAUUGUCUUUUUCUAACAUUACCAAAGUUUGCAGUUUAAUACCUCAACAUGACAAGAUGUUUUUAAUCACACUUCACUGCAGACAGACUGGAACAAAUGUGCCUGGCUUAAGUUUUCUUAACUCUUACCCUUUUUUUAAAAUUAUAAUGUUAAUAUGUUAGGGGGAAAAAAACGUUUUAUAGUUUUUUUGCUGAAUUUGUCAAUUUUUGUACAAUGUGCAAGUUGAAGUUCUCAAAAUAAAUAUCUUUUCAGAUGAAA